AUGAGGCUGCGCCUGUGGAGCCAGCAGGUGCCUGACUCUGGGCACGGAUCUGUCCCACCACCUCCAGCUCACACCAUUUGCUUGUGGGAUAUAAGUGCUGUUCCGAAAGAAGGUAAAGUGGUGGAUGCAAAGACCAUCUUCACAGGGCACACAGCUGUAGUGGAAGAUGUCUCCUGGCACCUGCUCCAUGAAUCUCUUUUUGGAUCUGUUGCUGAUGAUCAGAAGCUCAUGAUCUGGGAUACGCGGUCAAACAACACCUCCAAACCCAGCCAUUCCGUGGAUGCUCACACAGCUGAAGUCAACUGCCUCUCUUUCAAUCCCUACAGUGAGUUUAUCCUGGCUACAGGGUCAGCUGAUAAGACUGUUGCGUUGUGGGACUUGAGGAACCUAAAGCUGAAGUUGCACUCCUUUGAAUCACAUAAAGAUGAAAUAUUUCAGGUUCAGUGGUCUCCCCACAAUGAAACCAUAUUGGCCUCCAGUGGCACUGACCGCCGCCUGAAUGUCUGGGACUUGAGUAAAAUUGGAGAAGAGCAGUCCCCUGAGGAUGCUGAGGAUGGUCCCCCAGAACUGCUGUUUAUUCAUGGUGGUCACACUGCAAAGAUCUCUGAUUUCUCCUGGAAUCCCAAUGAACCCUGGGUUAUCUGUUCUGUAUCAGAAGACAAUAUCAUGCAAGUCUGGCAAAUGGCAGAGAACAUAUAUAACGAUGAAGACCCAGAAGGAAGCGUGGAUCCAGAAGGUCAAGGAUCUUAGAUGAUGGUCCUUCCUGUUUCUAGUCCUUUUCCUUCUCUUCCUUCUCAGCCCUGAUAUUGACUUAACACUGGUUUUGAGACACACGUAGACUUUGUGUUCAGCCAUCUUUCUGUAGAAACCAUCAGCGGUGCUUUUUACCCCGGGCAGAACUCCCCUAAGAAAAGGGCUUUUAGUCCAACUCAGCUGGUGCUGUGCUGCAGCUCCUCAGACUUCCCACAGCAACCUCUUGUGUACAGAGCUGGCCGAACCAUUUUAGCUGCCUUCCUCAUGCAGAACAAACUUUUUGUUGCUGUUUUCUGUCUUUAGCUUGCCACAGCUGCGGGCCUUUGCCUAACUUAAACAAAAGUUAAAUCAGCAGAGCUGCCAGAGGGUACUUGAGGCAGCAGAGAUGGUGCAAGUGUUAAUCCACCGGUAGUUCAGAAAGGAGUGGGGAACGUCUUGUCCUCUUCAGUACAGCUCAGAAGUGUUGGGAUUCUUUUAGUUGAUCUGUACCUGCGUGGCUUUAUCUGCCUCUGCAGAUACAUCAAGAGAUUUGCAGAUUCUGAAAUUGUAUUUCUUCCUGUACUUUCUUUUGUCUCUGCUGGUAAUUCUGGGUUUUUCAGUUCUUCCUUCUGUCCUUCCCCUUUCCUUCCAUCCCCUGGACGACAGUGGUUUGGAUACAUCAGCUGUUCCUGCAGAGCAUCACUCACCUUCCGUGCAUCUUGUUCUAUUGUGUGUUUCUUGAGCUGUGUUUUCACAUAUAUUUCUUUCCUUUCUGUGAAAUGGUUUUUAAAACUUUGGGGCCACAAAGUUGUAAAGGUGUCUGUUUCUACCAACGAUGUACCACAGAUGGCACAGCCCGGUGACCUACAGCAGCAGUGGUAGCUGGUGCAAAUAAAGCAAAUGAGACGUGGGCAAACUGCCUUUGUGGGAGUCAGUCCUUGACCACUACUUCCUGCCCAUCUUCCACCAGCGACCCGUUGCUCCUCGUGUUCCUCAUGACUAACUGCGUGUAAGUGCUUCAGAUGGAAUAAAUUUUUUCUACGUA